UAUUCCAGAUUUUUUAGCAAAACUUAGAUUAUAUUUGCAAAAUCAAGAUGUAGAUCCAGCAGAUAAUACAGGAGGUCUAUCCACUGAAAGAGAAAUAGCUAUAAGAUAUUUGAGAAGAUGUAUGAGAGGAAGAGUCUUAGAAUAG